AUGGCAAUAAAAGUUGUGGAAGGUGAGGAGAUUGAAGCAAUCACCACACGCAGUGGGGUUAAACUUCCAGAAAUUACAGUUGAAAGACGGGUAGAUAAAUCUGAACAACUAGACCAAGUAGUUCUAUCUCAAGAGCUAGAAAAUCUACAGGUCAAGGCAACCAUUCCUAUCAAACCUUAUGUACCUCCGGUCCCAUUUCCGCAUAGAUUACAAAAGAGGAAGUUGGAAGAUCAAUUCGCAAGGUUCUUGGACAACUUCAAGAAGUUUCAUGUCAACAUCCCACUGAUUGAAGCUAUAUAUCAAAUACCAAAUUAUGCAAAGUUUUUGAAGGAGGUCCUAUCCAAGAAGAGAAGGCUUACAAAUUUUGAGACCAUCAAGUUAAAUGAGGAGUGUAGUGCCAUCUUGCAGAACAAAUUACCUCAUAAAUUACGAGACCCAGGGAGUCUCAAAAUACCUUACUUAAUAGGAAAAGAUUUGAAUUUUAAUUACUUAUGUGAUUCAGGAGCAAGUAUAAACUCAAUGCCUUUCUCUGUAUACAGGAAAUUAGGAUUGGAAGAGCUAAAUGACACAUCCAUAUCCCUUCAAUUGGCAGACAGAUCAAUUAAAUACCUAGGAAGAGUGGUUGAGAAUGUGCUCAUUAAAGUGGACAACUUCAUAUUUUCCAUUGAUUUUGUUGUCCUAGAUAUAGAAGAGCCAUGA